GGCGGCGCGUGUUGCGCGCACAGCACUGUUAUAUAAGCGUCGGCCAAGCCCGACCUGAGCGACAGGUGACCCGCCAGCCGAGGCUCUUUCUCCAGCUCCGGACUCUCCGCCGCAGUCAUGGCUCCAAGACCAGAAGUGGGGUCCCACUCCUCAGUCUCUCUCGGAGACAAUGACUCCACUAAAGGAUCAGACAUACCCCCUGCUCACUCCACCGUGGAUCUAGUGAACAAAGACGCUGAAAAAGAGGACCCCUGGGCUCUGCCCGAACUCAAAGACACUGGGGUCAAAUGGUCAGAACUGGAUGGAAAGGGAAAGGUUCUGAGGGUGGUAACAUCGGUGGUGAAGUUGGCUUUACUGCUCGGACUUCUUUACCUGUUUAUCUGCUCUCUGGAUGUUCUCAGCUCUGCCUUCCAGCUCGUCGGAGGCAGAGUUGCCGGUGACAUCUUUCAGGACAAUGUUGUGUUAUCUAACCCUGUGGCUGGCCUGGUGAUCGGAGUGUUAGUCACAGUGCUGGUGCAGAGCUCCAGCACUUCCUCCUCCAUUGUGGUCAGCAUGGUGUCCUCAGGAUUGCUGAGCGUCCAGUCCGCCGUACCGAUCAUCAUGGGAGCCAACAUAGGGACGUCCGUCACCAACACCAUCGUGGCCAUGAUGCAGGCAGGAGACCGCAACGAGUUCCGCAGGGCCUUCGCUGGAGCCACAGUUCACGACUUUUUCAACUGGCUGUCUGUGCUGAUACUUCUGCCCCUGGAGGUUGCCACAGGAGUUCUGUACAAACUCACCCUGCUGAUUAUUGAGUCUUUCAACCUGGAGACUGGAGAGGACGCUCCCGACCUGCUCAAAGUCAUCACAGAGCCUCUCACAAAGUCUAUCAUCCAGCUGGACAAAAAUGUGAUCUCUGACCUUGCCACUGGAAAGGAAGAAGCCAAAAACAAGAGUCUGAUUAAAGUGUGGUGCAAAAAAGAGGAAAACACGACUUUCUGGAAUGAAACGGUGAAAGAAUGCCCUAAUGGCACCUUCUGCUGGACGGUGGGAAAUCAGUCGUUCAUUGAGAAGAACAAGACUGUCACCGAUUACAUUCAGAAAUGCUCUCACCUGUUUGUGGAUGUGGACCUGUCGGAUCUGGCCGUGGGCCUGAUUCUUCUGGCGCUGUCGCUGGCCUGUCUCUGCACCUGCCUCAUCCUCAUUGUCAAACUUCUCAACUCCAUGCUGAAGGGACAGGUGGCUGUGGUCAUCAAGAAGGUGCUCAACACAGACUUCCCCUUCCCCUUUGGCUGGGUUACUGGCUAUAUUGCAAUUGUGGUGGGAGCAGGGAUGACCUUCAUCGUUCAGAGUAGCUCCGUCUUCACUUCAGCUAUAACGCCUCUUGUCGGUAUUGGCGUAAUUAGCCUGGAGAGAGCGUAUCCUCUGACACUGGGCUCUAAUAUUGGGACAACAACCACAGCCAUACUGGCAGCCAUGGCUAGUCCUGGAGAAACACUGGCCAACUCUCUGCAGAUUGCGCUCUGCCACUUCUUCUUCAACAUCAUGGGCAUCUUGCUGUGGUACCCAAUCCCAUUCACGCGAGUUCCCAUCAGGCUGGCCAGAGGCCUGGGGAACAGCACCGCCAAGUACCGCUGGUUCGCCGCCUUCUACCUCUUCCUGUGCUUCCUGGUGAUGCCCCUGACUGUGUUCGGCCUGUCGGUGGCUGGCUGGCAGGUCCUGGUCGGCGUCGGGGUGCCCUUCAUUGCCCUGGUCCUCUUUGUGAUCAUCGUCAAUGUGAUGCAGUCCCGCUGGCCCCGCUUCCUGCCCAAAGUCCUCCGGAACUGGGACUUUCUGCCCCUGUUUAUGCACUCCUUGGAGCCGUGGGACGCCGUCAUCAGCAAGUCGCUUGGCAUCUGCGGGAGAUACUGCUGCUGCUGCUGCAAGUGUUGCUCAAAAGGCAAGGAGAAGGAGAUGCUGGAGGAGAACCCAAAGAAGCUGGAGGCGUACGAUAACCCGGCCAUGUCGAAAGGCGAUCUCAGGAAGGAUUCCUUCUCUGAAACACAGUUUUAA